AUGUUAAAUAAUCGUGCAUCCACAAGAAUUAUACCUUCAUGGGAUACCUGCAUAGAAACCCUUUUUAAUUCUCAUUUACCAGCCAAAUUUGCAUUCACCGGUCGACUUUCGUUACACGAUAUCACUCAAGAUGGUUUUUAUGUUUUACGACAAAACAUUUGUCCAUUUCCCGUACUAAAUGAUAUAUUUCGUUUCAAAUUUUGUCCCUUGGAACCCGUUUACGUAAUAAACACCGCACAAUCUAUUUUUUCAAAUAAUGUGAUAGACGAAAGAGACAUAGAUGAAGCUAGAAAUUCUAUUAAAAAUGGUAUUGCUUCGAAAGGAGUAUUUCUUUCGGCCGAAGCUAUAAAUAAUUGGUGGCAAUGGAAUCAAAAGAUUCGUGAGUAUAACUGUGAAAUAUUACUGUGGUCUCUAUCGGUGGCUAUAAAAGUGCUUAUAAUUAUUUUUGUAAUAGGAUCCUAUUUUUGUUUAUUUACAUGUAAUAGAAUAAUCAAUGAGGAACCCAAUUUGGUAAACAUUUGUGCGAUCGCUUCGCGUGCAAAAAUGUUGGCAGAGUUCGUUGCACGUCAAAUGUCAGGACCUGACCCAACAAGCACGUGCGUGGAUCAUCAAUUAGAAGUCCACUUGAGAGAGAUCAAAAAAUUUAUAAGAACGAGUGUGAUUCCUCUCGGACAGUUGCGUGUCGGUUCUUAUCUAGAAAGAGCAAUACUUUUUAAAGUAUUAGCUGAUAGAAUAUGUCUUCCAACUGCUUUGGUACGAGGGGAAUACGGAACGGCUUGGGUUGAGAUUGCUAUACCACAAAUUGAGGUACCCAACGAAGACACUUGUUUGACCGAAUAUUUAAUGAGCGAAGAACCGUGUACCGAUUGGAUCGUAAGACGUAUCUCAUUGUCCGAAGAAACUCGAUCGUUGUCGAAACAAAUAUUUUCAGAGAUUCAUAAUGCAAAUAAUAUGGUUGUACCAUGGAAAUUACGACAAUCAAUUUUCCCAACGAAGUUAAUGAAACCUAAUUUUAUAGUAGAUUUGAUAGAAAAACCUGGUAGAUUUAUACCAAUUGAUAGCGAAUUAGCUAGAGCAUAUAAAAGUAAAGAAAUUGUUUGCGAUUUGACGUGUACGUCUUGA